GAAAUCUUUUUUAAUUUUACUAAAAAUCUUAUCAAACUUAUAUUUAUUUAAUCUAAAAAAUAUUUGGAAUUCAUCAAUCCUUUUUGUCUUUUCAAAGAAAUAUCGUCAGCCCAAUCAGCGCACAAAGAAAUGGACUUGCUAUCAAAACUGGAGCAAAGAAGUGAAUCUGAGAGUCAUCAAGAAUCAAGUCCCCAGACGCAGUCUACUGGAGAAGGACUACCUGAAACUGAACUGCAUUUACACAUAAAUCCCCAGACGCUUUCUACUGAACAAAGAAUUUCUAGAACCACGUCGUAUUUGCAAGCACAACCCCAGGUUAAUUUAAUUGAACCAAAAAUCCCUGUAACUUUAGUUCCUUCCCCGGUGCCUUUAAAUGAACAAGGAAUACCUGCAACAUUGCUACAUAUGCAUGAGUCAGAAUUCUAUCUUGACAGUCAUUUUCAAUAUUAUGGUCUCUACUAUCGACCGGCGCUGGAUGGCAGAAUGAGACCUACAAUAUCGACAUUUAUUACAAUAAUACCAGGCAAUUAUCGAGUCAGAAUAAACAGUAUAAACGAAGCUGUGGGAUUUUGGAAUAAUAAACGUGUUUAUCAUUUUAUAUGUUUUCAACGCCAAAAGGUGGCUUUAAGAAAGGAAGGCCUAGAUUUGCGUAUAAGGCUCCUUGCACAAUCAGAAAUAGAUUUUUUACGCAGAUUUGAAGGCAUUAAGCGACGGGUCUACGUGGGAUUUUUUGGGUGAAAAGGGAUAUGCAACAAGUCAUUUUUUAACCAGUAAAUUCAAUAUAAUUCACGAAAUUCAAGCUUUCGUGUUAUUAUUGGAAAUAUUGUAAAUACAGUGCGCUCUCUGAAUAAUGCCGGACAUGGGAUGGUAGGGGAGUCUUCUUCGUGGAACUCGGCUUCCUCCACUCUUAACACGUGCAAGUGCCAUCAAAUUCGCGUCCGCUAUUCCUGAAUAGUGCCGCUCGUCAGUUAUCUUUUUUCCCUCCCGCAAGUACGAAGUGUAUAUAUUUGGAUGUUUUUUUUUUGGCAAUUUUGAUACAACAAAUACCAUUCAUUUUUGUAAAAGCACUGAUUUGGCAUGUAUUUGAUUAAUUAUUAUAUCUACUGUAAGGCAUUAAUCCGGUACAUAGUAUGUUUUCGCAUAUUUACUUGAGUGGCACUAUUCAGAGAGCCUAGAUUCAAAUUCCGGCACUGGAAGCUACAGCGCGAUAGUGGGGGACGUGAUCGAGCUAAAACAAGGAGAUUCGGCACUAUUCAGAGCGGCAGUACUCAGGGAGAGGAGUUUAUUGGCGAACACCAUGCAAUCUCUUGUAAUCCAUGGUGGCCGUUUUAAUCUGAAAAAAAAAAUUCCCACUUUUCCUCGGAUCGCAUACAUUUUUCACGAUCAGUGAUAUUUAAAAAAUCGAACACUAAAUCUAAAAAAUGCUCCAUUAGAAGUAAUAAAUAUUCAAAUUCUCAAUAAUUUACACGCAAAAACAGAAACU